AUGAAGCUCAUCGGGUCCGUCCUGCUCCUCUCCACCUUGUCGUGCGCAAGUCGUGUCGACGGUAAAGUCCGGAGAGACGAAGGCGUCGUCGAACUCGUGGGCUGCGAUGCGAAUCAGCAAGCGACGCUCGAAAGGGCCUUUGCUGGCUGCCAACAGCUCGCCGAGGAAGCAAAGGAGGCGGCGGCGGCGAGAUCCGACCACCUGCAGGAGUUCUUCGCGAGCCUCCCCGACCACUGGAGAGGGCAAAUCUCCAAGGUCUUCGCCCACGCUUCGUCGCUCUGCCAGCCUGCGAACCACCCGCCUCGCGUCAUGACCGCCUGCCAGCAAGAGUGCCGCGAUACGGCAGAAGACGCCUUCGUCAUCGACGACGUCAAGGGGCAUAACAUGUCGGCCGUCGUCUACUGUCCUUCGUUCUUCGGCGAGCGCAUGACGGACGAGCCGAAGCAGUGUCACGUGCCGAGCCGCAGCCAGAGAGUCUUGGAGCUCGCGACUCGCUUGACGGCCAUGACGGCCAAUCUUGCCGACGGACACGAGUCCAUUGCCAACCUGAACACCGACGAGUCGUUUGAACAGGCCGAAAAGUACGGUGCGUUUGCGACGAGCACGAGGCUCGGAUGCGACAAGAAACUGGCCUCGCCUCCGUCGCUUCCUCUGUACAAGCAGGUGUGGAACUGGAUCCAAAAGUAUAGGCAAGUUGCCGUCCUCGAGGAGUAUCACGGCUGA